GUAGUUCAGAAAGUAUUUAUAAAAUUAAUGAAGAGAUGAAUGAAAAGACUGAUGCCUAAAGAAACUAAAGAACUUGUCAUAUGUAUUACUAAGUCAUUAUAUAUUAUGUGUGUGUAUGUAUCUUAAGGCAUAAGAAUAUUUUCUUUUUCAGGAUAAUUAGAAUUCUUCAAAAUGUCAGGAGAAAGGAUUUUCACUGUCAUUGAGCCAAUUUACCAUCCCUUGAGCAGCCUGCAGAUGAAAUGGAAAAUCAAACCAAAACACCAGAUACAAGACCUGAUGCUCCUCCUGACUACAAUUCUCAUGUUAUUCCAGGACCCCCAGGACCCACUGUUCCUCCACUUACAGGUUACCCAGGAGGCUUGCCUAUGGGAUACUACAGUCCACAGCAGCCCCCUACUUUUCCCUUAUAUCAGCCAACUGGCAGCACCCAGCCUAUCCAGUAUCAGCCUGGCAAAUAUCCUGCACCGAAUCAGCUCACUCCAGUAAUGUGGAUGCCAGGGCCGACUCCUAUGCUGAAUUGCCCUCCUGGUCUGGAAUACUUAGCUCAGUUGGACAACAUACAUGUUCUUCAACAUUUUGAGCCUCUGGAAUUGAUGACACGCUUUGAAACUAAUAACAGAUAUGAUAUUAAAAAUAACACAGAGCAGAUGGUUUACAUUGUAACCGAAGACACAGAUGACUUCACUAGGAAUGCUUAUCGUACACUGAGGCCCUUUGUGCUCCGGGUCACUGACUGCACGGGCCGAGAGAUCAUGACAAUGCAGAGACCUUUCCGAUGCACCUGCUGCUGCUUCUGCUGCCCCUCAGCCAGGCAAGAGCUGGAAGUGCAGUGUCCUCCAGGUGUCACCGUUGGCUUUGUGGCAGAACACUGGAACCUGUGCAGGGCAGUGUACAGCAUCCAAAAUGAGAACAGAAAAAAUGUGAUGAGAGUGCGGGGCCCAUGCUCAACCUACGGCUGCGGGUCCGAUUCUGUUUUUGAGGUCAAAUCCCUCGAUGGCGUAUCCAACAUUGGCAGCAUUAUUAGGAAGUGGAAUGGUUUGCUGUCAGCAAUGGGAGAUGCUGACCAUUUUGACAUUCAUUUCCCAUUGGACCUGGAUGUGAAGAUGAAAGCCAUGAUUUUUGGAGCUUGUUUCCUUAUUGACUUCAUGUAUUUUGAAAGAUCUCCACCACAACGUUCAUCAAGAUAGAGAAACAUGUAAGAUCACCAAUUGUGAUUAACAAAAAUAUUUUAGAAAAUGUUACAUUAGGCUUAGAGUCACCCCUCACAUUUGGCAAAUAUAUUUCUCUAUUUUCCAGGUUAUUGCAGCAGGGUGGGGGGAGUGCUUUGACAGUCUGAGGUUUCAGUGGAAGAUCUCAACCAAACAUGUGUUUCAGUUGAUUAUCUGUCUAUUUGAUAGAUUAGGGGUACAUUUAAAAAGUCCAUAAUCCAUUAACCUAGUAAAUGUAUACAAAAUUAGUUUUAAAACACGACAAAUAUGAGAUAA